UUUCCCGUUAAUUAGAGUAGGGUUUUAUGCCGACAACUGAUUAUAUUUUCCCUUUUGUUUAGGGUUAAUAUUUUCUUUAAACGGCAAAAUUUAUGGGGAGUGGAGAAAACAGGAUAGCAACCGAGGUGGACCUGUGCGAGUCCUUACAUUUUCAAGGGAAGAGCUUUCUCUGACGCACUGCUCUUAUCCUCCCUCUCAGUCUCUUUCUCAUUUCUUCUCCAUACUCACUUCCUCUCUUCCAUCCCAGGCUGACUUUUCCCCAUACUAAUGGCUUCUUCCGCCAUUGGAGUUUCCUCUAUAUUAUGUACUCCCUCUACAGAGCUUUCAACUAGAAGGCACACCACGGCAACCCCCACUUUAUCCUCUUUUUCUUUUCCCCUACCCUUGUAUGAGAAGCCUCACUUCAUUUCUUUGGUAACCAGUGGUGAAGGUGGAGGCGGAGGCGGAGGCGGAGGAGGAGGGAGACCGCUCUUGGUUCUUCAGAGCAGUGCCCACUAUAAACAUCGGCUUUCUUUUGUUCCUUCUGCUAUCGCCACUCCCAAUUCUAUUCUCAGUGAAGAGGCCUUCAAAGGCCUCAGUGGCCGCCUCUCUGAUUUUGAUGGUGAUAAUGAUGUCAGAAGCGGGGUCUAUGAGUCUGAAACUGAGACCGCCGGUGGUGACAGUUUUCCUGAUGAAGAUGAACUUGCCAUUUCUAGGUUGGGUUUGCCCCAGCGACUUGUUGAGUCCCUUGAGAAACGUGGAAUUACUCAUCUUUUCCCCAUUCAGAGGGCUGUUUUAGUUCCGGCACUAGAAGGUCGAGAUCUCAUUGCUCGGGCAAAGACUGGGACAGGGAAGACAUUAGCCUUUGGGAUCCCAAUACUUAAACACCUUACAGAAGAUACGACACAACUAAGUCCACGAAGCCGAACUGGCCGGCUUCCUAGAGUUUUGGUCCUAGCACCAACUCGUGAAUUAGCAAAGCAAGUGGAGAAAGAAAUUAAUGAGUCUGCACCUUACUUGAACACUGUUUGUGUUUAUGGAGGAGUUUCAUAUAUUACGCAACGAAAUGCUCUUUCCCAUGGGGUUGAUGUUGUCGUUGGAACUCCAGGUCGAAUAAUUGAUUUGAUCAACAGCAAUAGCCUUAGAUUGGGAGAAGUUGAGUACUUGGUCCUUGAUGAAGCUGAUCAAAUGCUUUCAUUUGGAUUUGAGGAGGAUGUGGAAGUAAUUUUAGAAAAUCUUCCAUCAAAACGACAGAGUAUGCUUUUCUCUGCUACAAUGCCUACUUGGGUCAAAAAAUUGGCGAGGAAAUAUUUGGACAACCCUCUUCAAAUUGAUUUGGUUGGUGACCAAGAGGAAAAGUUGGCAGAAGGAAUCAAACUAUAUGCCGUAUCUUCUACUGCAACGUCAAAGCGGAGCAUUCUUGGUGAUCUUGUAACAGUUUAUGCAAAGGGUGGGAAGACUAUUAUCUUUACUCAGACUAAACGAGAUGCUGAUGAAGUGUCAAUGGCAUUAACAAAUAGUAUAGCUUCUGAGGCAUUGCAUGGAGAUAUAUCUCAGCACCAGAGAGAGAGAACUUUAAAUGGCUUUCGGCAAGGAAAAUUUACAGUGCUUGUUGCCACAGAUGUUGCUUCUCGUGGGCUUGAUAUUCCAAAUGUUGAUUUGGUUAUCCAUUAUGAACUUCCCAAUGAUCCUGAAACUUUUGUGCAUCGGUCUGGUCGUACUGGACGUGCAGGCAAGGAAGGUACUGCCAUUCUGAUGUUCAGUAGUAGUCAAAGGAGGACAGUUAGAUCUCUUGAGCGUGAUGUGGGGUGCAAGUUUGAAUUUGUUGGUCCACCAUCUACUGAGCAAGUUUUGGAGUCAUCAGCUGAGCAAGUGGUUGCGACUCUAAAUGGAGUUCACGCUGAGUCUGUUGAAUUUUUCACCCCAGCUGCCCAGAAAUUGAUUAAAGAACAAGGCACAAGUGCUCUUGCUGCUGCACUUGCACAUUUGAGUGGAUUUUCCCAGCCUCCUUCAUCUCGAUCUCUCAUUAACCAUGAGCAGGGAUGGAUAACAUUGCAGCUGACACGGGAUCCAAGUUAUUCUAGAGGAUACUUGUCUGUUAGAUCUGUCACUGGUUUUCUUUCUGAUGUUUAUACUGCUGCAGCAGACGAAGUUGGAAAAAUAUAUUUAAUUGCUGAUGAAAAGAUUCAAGGGGCAGUUUUUGAUCUUCCAGAGGAGGUUGCUAAAGAGUUAUUGAAUAAGCAAUUACCACCUGGAAACAAUAUUUCCAAAAUCACAAAGUUGCCUUCAUUACAAGAUGAUGGGCCUCCCAGUGAUUACUAUGGCAGGUUUUCUAGCAGAGAUCAAUCUGCUAGGGGCAGUAGUGCCAGGGGCAGUAGUGCCAGAGGCAGUAGGGGGGGCCAAAGAGGUUUUAGAGCCUCCCGGGGUAGGGGUGCUGGUCGAGAUUUUUCUGAUGAUGAUGAAGAUACAUAUAGGCGUGGACAGCGAGGUGGCCGAAGCUAUUCAAAAAGCAGGAGCUAUUCAAGAAGCAGCAGUGAUGAUUGGCUGAUUAACGGUGGCAGAUCAAGCAGGUCUUCACCUCGAGAUAGCUUUGGAGGUGCUUGUUUUAACUGUGGGCGGCCUGGGCACAGAGCAUCAGAUUGUCCUACCAAGAGAGCCUUUUAGUUCAGAUCCCAUAUAAAUCAGGUUUGUCAUCAAACAGAACAAAUUACAGGUUGCUGCUGGGAGUUCCUGUUCUGCUAUUUUGUUUGCAACCUGUAACUCUCCCAAGGGAGCAGUUGGGGGACCUGAAAUUUUUAUCAUCUCUCUCCAUCUCUCGCCUCUUCCCUCUCCCUCCCAGAAAUAGUUAACAACGGCUGAUUGGAAAGUCAAAUCCAUUUUAAUGGAAUUUUAUUUGGGCGGUGAUACGGUUAAAUAUUUGAUUCUGUUAAGUUGUUACAUAUUCUUUUACUAGAUUAUUCAAACAACGGACCUCUUGUUAUGGAUUCAUUGACGUUCAAUUAGUACUAAUUAUCUAA